UCUCUUUAGUGUUUGCCCUGUCUAACCAAUGUCCACCUCUUCACCGCCCGCAUUUUGAUAUAAAAAUAAUCUACGCCGGCUCCUGAAACUGGCCGUUAACAAAAGCAAACGACACUACACGAAUGUGUUUCAUGGAGUAACUAAAAACUGAACAAAAGGAGCGACGAGGCAGAGCUUACAUUCAGACCUCCUCAAUCAACAGUCCUUCCUACACUAUAAACUUCUUAUCUUGACCUCAGACUAAUAUUGACUAAGCUAGAGCAACGAGGAUGUCUCAGCUCCAGUUUCAGUGUCCAUCUAGCCCCAUGCCUGCUGCUCCUGCCCCACUGCAGUUGGGGCAGCCACAGCCUGGCUACAGCAUCCCUUGUGCAUCAGGCACCCUACCAUCAGAGAGCGCCAGCCAACCCAUCAGGAGCUCUGCUCUCCCCGCGGGCUCAGCCACUCCCUACAAUACCACCACAGUAUCUAACAUGGCAAACCCCAAAGAGAAGACCCCCAUGUGUUUGGUGAAUGAGUUAGCCCGUUUCAACAAGAUCCAACCUGAGUAUAAGCUGCUUUGUGAGCAAGGACCAGCUCAUUCAAAGAUUUUCUCCGUGAGGCUCACACUGGGAGAUCAGCACUGGGAGGCAGAGGGGACCAGUAUAAAGAAAGCCCAGCAUUCCGCUGCUGCAUCUGCCCUCGCUGAGACAACACUUCCCAAACCCACCGUGAGGACACCCCGCAACACAGGCAAGAUCCCAGCAGAUGGCAUAACACAUACCAUGGAGUUGAAUGCACUAUGUAUGAAGCUUGGUAAAAAGCCCAUGUAUAAACCUAUCGACCCGUACCCGGGAAUGAGGCCACCAAACUUCAACUACAACGUCCGGGCUCCAGGGCCUUACCAGCGCUCUAUGCAACAGUACUACUACCCUUUUCCUCCAGUGGGACCAAUGUUAUACCACAUGGAGCUUUCCAUCGGAGGCCAGCAGUUUAUUGGGAAGGGACGCACGCGGCAGUUGGCCAAACAUGAUGCAGCUGCCAAGGCAUUAAAAGUACUGCAGAAGGAGCCAGUACUGCAACAGUUGCCAGUGAUGAACGGAGAGCCUGAGGAGGAGAACCUGAAUAAAUCGGAAAUCAGUCAAGUCUUUGAAAUUGCACUUAAACGCAACUUACCUGUCAACUUUGAGGUUCUAAAGGAAGAGGGCCCUCCCCACAUGAAGAGUUUCGUAGUUCGUGUUACAGUCGGGGAGUUCACGGGAGAAGGCGAGGGAAAAAGUAAAAAGAUUGCCAAGAAGCUGGCAGCAGCAGCGGUGCUUGGAGAGUUGAAGAGACUACCACAUAUACCCAGUGUGGAAAAGACGCUGCCACGCAUCAAAAAGAAAACCAAAUCUAUCAUCAAGCUGCAGACGAGCCCAGAAUAUGGCCAGGGAAUGAAUCCCAUCAGCCGGCUGGCUCAGAUCCAGCAGGCCAAGAAGGAGAAGGAGCCCGAGUACAGCAUGGUGACGGAGAGAGGUCUGCCACGGCGCAGAGAGUUUGUCAUGCAGGUGACGGUGUGUGGCCAGUCUGCAGAGGGAAUGGGACCUAGUAAGAAGGUGGCCAAGAGGAACGCAGCAGAGAAGAUGCUGGAACUCUUGGGAUAUAAAGUGCCUCAGCCUCAGCCCCCCAAACCGGCACUCAAAACUGAUGAAAAGACACCAAUGAAAAAACCUGGUGAUGGGCGCAAAGUGACCUUCUUUGAACCUGGCUCUGUAGAGGAUGUGGCCUUGGGUUCCAAGGAGGAGGACUUCCGCCUGCCUUACCUGAGCCACCAGCAGCUGCCUGCAGGUAUCCUGCCCAUGGUGCCUGAGGUUGCUCAAGCAGUUGGGGCCUGUCAAGGAUCCCAGGCCAAGGACUACAGUCGAGCUAUGCCCAACCCAGGCAAGGCCACAAUCACUGCCAUGAUUGCCAACGAGCUGCUAUAUGCUGGGACGUCCCCGACUGCUGAAACUAUCCUAAAGAACAAAAACAACCUGAACCAACUGCCCCACGGACCCCUCACCAGGCCCUCGGAGCAGCUCAGCUAUCUUGCAUCUGUGCAGGGCCUACAGGUGGAUUACAAGGAUUUCCCCAAAAACAAUAAGAAUGAAUUUGUGUCACUGAUUAACUGCUCCUCUCAGCCAGCGCUCAUCAGUCAUGGCAUUGGGAAAGAUGUAGAAUCCUGUCAUGAUAUGGCUGCACUGAAUAUAUUGAAGGUGCUCUCAGAGUUGGACCAGCAGUCAAAUGAAAGAACAGGAAAUGGACCAGUCUCCGGGUGUGGCAAGCAGGAAAUCGAAGGUGACUUGCACCUCAAACAGGCUAACUCAAGCACAUUGGCACAGACCCUGGAUGGCACUGUUUAGAUUAUCAGGUUUGGUUGUCUGUAAAAGCACUAAAGAAAACUCAGACACUGUGUUCUUAGUCAGAAUUAGAAGUCUACAGGAUGUUUUGGUCUCUGUAGGCUCUAAACUAUCAUGUUCAUAUUCAUUCAUUCAUUCAUGUUCACAGUUAAACAAGAUUGAUAGGAAAAGAAAUAGUAUCUUCUCCUUGAUGUUGUUUAAUUGUACACAUUAUUUAUUUUUGUGUUGCUUCGUAGAAAAAGUAGCUGCAUCCUAGUCAAUGAAUCUGGGGUUAACUUGGAAAGAAAAAAAAUGAAGCGACUAACUGUGAACUCUGUUUUGUUUUGCAUAUAACUUCCUUAGUCUUUGUGAGAUCUGCUAACUCUUGUUUUUAAGUGUUUUAUGUUUUAUGCCCCGCUGAGGUAGUUCAUGAAAGAGGCUCUCGUUAAGGUUUAGACCUCAUCUUUGUCUAGGGUGCAGCUGGUGAACCUCUGUUGAUUUUCCUAGAGUGCUUUAUAUAAACAACCACAAGUGAAGUGUUAUUGACAUUACCAUGUAGGGCUGGGGAGAAGUUGUGAGUAAAUGUAGCGUGUGAUGUAAUGUGAUGUUGUCUCUGCUGUGUGUGGCAGGGACGUUUCCCUGUUGCAUCAGUUUCCCCGAUAAUCCCCUUUCCUCCCCUCUGUCAAACUCCCCUCUCUGCUCCUCAUGGUAAUUAAACUUAAUGUGCUUACAUGCACAAAACACAGA